AUGAUGAACGUACGCAAUUUAAAAUCUGAGAAGUUGGUAGGAAGUGGAACAUACGGCGAAGCAUACAGAUUUAUUGACGAAAAGGGUGAUGCUAUUUCCGUAAAAAAAUCAAAACCGAUUCAACCAGAAAAACCAAUUCCAUCUGUCAUAAUUCGAGAAAUAUGUCUCCUAAGCGAACCUAAAUAUAUUCAUAUUAUUCAUGCGCAAAAGGUUUCAAUUCAAGGAAUUAAUUCGAAUUAUAGCAUUCAUUUCAACUAUGAAUUUGGUGCAAUUGACGUAUAUAAACUACAAACUAAAUAUUUAAAUAGAUCUCCUUCAGAAAUUGUUGCAAAAUCAAUUCUGUUUCAAUUAUUACUGGCAUUGAAUCAUCUCCAUAGCCAUGGAAUCAUACACUGUGAUCUUACGCCAUCCAAUUUAAUUAUAAUGCCGAAAGCAUACGAGCGACCAGGAAUUCUUAAAUUAAUCGAUUUUGGAUUAUCAAGAACUGCAGAAUGGAAGAAUCAAGAGGAAAAUACGUUUGUAGUCACAAUAUGGUACAGAUCUCCGGAGCUUUUACUCGAUGACAAACACUAUACAACAGCAGUUGAUAUGUGGGCUGCAGGAUGUAUAUUUGCGGAGCUAUUAACGGGCGAAAUAUUGUUUCGCUCUAAAGCUAAGAAUGAAAAUAGUAACGAAUUUUGUGACGUUCAAAUGGAAUCGAUUUUACGAGUGAUGGGGAAUUUUAGACCAUCAGAUUUGCCUCAAUAUCAGAGUAAUUUUCUUAUACCAUUCCAACAGUUAAAUUAUAGACCAUUUCAAAGUACUUUUGACAUGAAAUUUAGUAAUAUUGAUCAAACUGCAAAAGAUCUUUUGAGAUCUAUGCUAACACUAAACCCAGCAAAUAGAAUUAGUGCCCACGAUGCCCUGCGCCAUCCGUACUUUAAUAAAUUACCAGUUCCUGUGAUGAAUAUCACUAAUUUGUUUCCUGAUUCAAAGUGGGCUGAAAUUGAAAGUAGUAUAUGGGAAAGUUAA